AUGGAUAAGAGACUGUUUGAUGGUGAAAGAAUUUAUGCUCGUGGUGACUACCUCAAGACUCACCAACGAACAAGCCAUCUCUUCCCUUCUGCAUACGCGUUCCAACCGCCAGAUUUACAAGAUGGCUGCGUUAAACAAGAGGAGGUAGACACAGCCAAUGAUACCAGCGGUGGCCAAAUUACCCAUGACGAACCACUAUGUCGGAAGCACAAUAAGCGAUACGAGUAUAUUCAUCGCCCACGCAAAGCAAGCUCAAUCCAAAAGUUCAAAGGCAAGAAAAUCCAUCUAAAGCCUGGAAAGUACAUUCUCCGUGGUGAGCCUUGCAAGCACUACUUAGAUGAGUUUAGUCGCCACGUUGUGUGGGGCAACAUAGUUAGGCUCUACAACCAUAAUGGUCGUGCACUACGAAAGAUCAUCCGCAGCACCACCACGCCUAAUAACUACUAUGUGUGCCACAUGACAGAAACAUUUGCAACACAAGGCAAAAGAAUGUACUUUAAUGUCCACUUUUCUAUGGGUUCCCUUUUCCCACACAUGGAUGCUGGCCACGGUGAACUUCCAAUCACAACUGGAGACGGAACAACCACUGUCACGGCCCGCUUUAUCAAGGGAGUUGACAAAAGGGCCACCAUCACUAAAGGCUGGAGCGACUUCUUCCGUCGGACCCACAUGAACGAAGGGCAAGCAUAUGCUUUCGGCUUCAAAUGCACUUCCAAGGGAUUGCACCUGAUUGUCUACUCAAUAUAAGCAAGCUGCAGGAGCCCCUUGCUAUAUAACAUAGUAUUAGUAUAAAUGCCUACAAAGACAUCUAUGUUUAUCCUCCUUUUCGAUCUUAUGUAAUCCCCUAAGACAGUGUUGUGCAUUUAGCUAUCGAUUAUCCGCUACUUAGACUGCUCUAUCGCAUGCUUUUGAAACAACCAUGAUAAAGGAAAUAUAUGCUCCUUCAAGUGCAUA